GUUUCCGCCGGCUACCGAGCACUUGUCAAGAAAUAGGAGAGUAGAAAUAAAAAGUGCAAACAUGGAUCCACAGACUUUUCUUGACAUUGCUACAACAGUAACAAAACUGAAAAUGUAUCCAUAUUUCGAUAUAGCCCAUUUUAUGUUGAUGUGCAUGGCGGUGAGAGACGAUAUCCCACAAGGAACUCCAGGUUCACCCAUAUUUUCACGUAAACAUCCAUUAUCGCUAUGGUUAUCCAGUAUGUUACUAUGUUUUGGUGGAGGUAUUAUUGCCAAUAUGUUACUAGGGGAACCAUUAAUAGUACCUUUAAAAGACCACAGAGCUAUUCUCACAGCUACAGCUGUAUGGUAUUUAGUUAACUACUCUCCGUUUGAUAUAGUGUAUAAGGUAGCAAAGUUUCUUCCAUUUAAAUUGGUAAUAUGUGGUCUGAAGGAAGUACAGAGAGCACACAAAGUCUACCAUGCAGUUGUUCAUACCAUGAAGAUAUAUCCAAGUUCAUAUUUAGUUAUAGUACUUAUAGGAACACUUAAAGGUGCCGGUAGUGGAUUUAUGAAGAAUUUCGAACGUUUGAUAAGAGGCUUUUGGAUUCCUGGAUCCAAUGAAUUACUUCAACCUUCUUUCACCACCAAAGCUGUAAUGGUGGCAGCUACUGUGUUCUUGCUUGAGAAACUGAAUUACAUCACUGCUCCUCAUCCACUUGUUUAUUUUGGAGUUGUCAUUUUCUUUGUCUACUUCAAACUGUCAGCCAUAUUGUUAGGUAUCCAUGAUCCAUUUGCACCAUUUGAGAAUCUUUUCUGUGCCAUUUUCAUGGGAGGAAUGUGGGAUGCCAUGAGAAGAGCUGUUACUAAGACAGAAACAAAGGAAGAAACUGAUGUCACAACAAAGAGCAAAGAGGACAAAAAGAACGACUAAGGACUUAUAGUAAACAAUUGUUUCUGCCAAACUAACCUAUCAUUGCUUGAUAGGACAAAUUUCUCCUGUUAUGCCAUCAAACGACAUUCCUAUUGAAACCACAUUAACUGAAAAAAAAUAAUAAAAAAAUUUGUAAAAAAAUUAAAAAGAAACAUGUUUAACAUACCAAAAAAACAAAAAAGAAAUUGGUAGCAAUUAAUAUAGAAACAAACAAGAUUAAAGCAAUUGGAGGUCAUUAUACACAGAGUAACAUCAUUAAAAGAAAUAUCUUUUAGUUUGAUGUGGUUGAGUUUGAGAAAAAAAAGCUUAUUAACUAGUUUUUUUAACUCUUGAUUUCUACGCACUAAUUGUCUCGCAGGGCUAUUUUACUUUUUUAAUGUUUCUAAAUGUUCAUGUAAGAACAUAGCCAAUAGGAAUCAAGAGAGAGAUUGAGUUUUCUAUUGAGAGCUAGUAUUUUCAUUUAGUUUGGAACCCAUUAGUGGCCAUUCCUUGUGUGAAAAUCUUAGAAUUUAGUUGUGAUAUUUGUUUUUUAUGAGAUUGGUGAAAGCUUAAUUGAAAUGUGAUCUGAAUCAUAUUACAUUAUAUCUGGAAAGCUUAAAUAUUGACGAUAUCUUUCUGCAUUUGAUAUUUUGCAUACCAUUUGUAUUCCAGGUGUUUAUUGUAAAAUAAAAUGAAAUUUCGCAUUCAAUGGUAUGAUCCUCAUCUUUUUUUCACAUUAGUUUUGAUAUAUUAUUUAUAGAUAAUAUUGAAUUAUACUUCAGGAAUAUUUAACAAUAGAUGUAGUUAUAAUGUGUAAUCAAAUUUAUAUUGUGAAACGAUGUGAUCAAGUAUAGAAUAUUUUUAAGUUGACAAUCAGUUUUAAUAGUUUAUAGACAUUUAAGAAUAAAGGCACACAAUAUCAAUUAAUGAGAACAAAACUUCGAAUUUUUAAAACAAAAAAAAAUCUCUAUCCUUCAUAUUAAUAAAAGACCAUGCCUGUUUGGUAUUUUUUAACAGGUCAGUUAAAUAGUCCAUAGUUUAGUAUUUUAGGUAAGCUUGACCAUGAAAAAUUGACUUAUUCCUACCUCAUGUAUAGCAUUAAUUCUAGAUAUUAUAUCUGUCGCUGUGUGUAUAAAGAAUUUUGACAUGAGGUUAGUUUUCCUUUUUUUUUUUUUUCAUAGAAAAAAGCAAAUAUUUCCAACAAGUGACAUGUAAGCACAUCACUGUGUAGAAUGAAGGACCUAUCAGGAAUUUGAAUGAGAAUUUUUUAAGAUAAAUAUAUUUGUUCAAGUUUUGGGAUCAUACUUUAAUACAUCUACAGUAUAUUGAAGUAGGAAUGAAACAUAAGGCUAAAAUAAAAAUAAUUCUUGUGUUUAGGGUUUCGCUAUCUGCCGUAUUAUUUAUGCCUCAAAAUAUCUACCUGAACUUAUUUAUUGACACUUUUGGUAUGGUAGUCAUUUGUGACAAAAUUACAGGUCUUCCCAUUUACUCAAAAAAUCCUACCUACCAUGAUUUUCUUAUGGAGGAAAUCCAAAACACACAUACUUUUUUGUUUGGCCUAAUGAUUUGUAUUGAUAAUUAAUAAAAAAUCAGCACAGCUGUAAAACAUUAGAUGAUACUGAUCUAUUAAGGCAGUUGUCAAUGUAAUCCAUUUUUUAUGUAACCAGUCAAAAAGUUCUAGUCUUGCAUAUACAUACCCCUUUUAAAUAUUUAAACCGCAAAUAUUUUUUUUUAGGUGCUAAUCAUUAAAUCAUAACUUCAUUUCCAAUAAUUAUACUAUUUUAAAAGCUAUUCCACCAUUGAUACAUUGAUUAUGCAUUCUAAUAAAAAGCUGUAUUGUCAGUUAAUUUAAUAAACAUGUUGCUAUGAUAUAUCAUAGUCAUUAUAUUGUCUAAAGCUAAUUCUUAGAAGCAUAUGUUUUUAUUCCAUUUAAUGUAUGUUGUGAAAAUGUUUGUAUGUUUGCUUUGUUUCAUUAUAUACACUUUUAAAAGUUGGAAAACAUUUUAUACACUUUUAAAAGUUGGAUAAAGCAUAGAAAAAAGUUGCUUCAUAUCAAAUGGUGUGUAUGAUUUAUUUUGUUCUUGCUCUUGUUUUUUUAAAAAUGGAAAUAAUAUUAAUUUCAUCAUUUACAUCAUUUACAAAGACUUAGGAAAAAUUAUAGGAGCUUCAAAGUCACAUUAGAUGAAGCAUCCGUAAUUGGCAUAGAAAUCAAUGAAACGUGCAAUGCUUUGACUUACAUAUAUACAUGUAGUAAUUUCUUCUUAAAUUUUCUGAUUGUCCUACAAAAUUGACAAAUUAUUUUAUGGUCAUUGCACAGAUUAUGCCUAAAGAUAUGCAACUAUUCAGUAAUCACCAUUGCUAAUGACAAAAGUAUUGACAAUGCUUUCUGUUGUGUUACAUUUUUUCUUUGGAUCUAUAGUAUAGGGCCUGUAAAAGGGUGUAGUGUUUAAUAUUUUAACCUUUUGAUGAAAAUUCUCCACAUUUGGUCAAAAUGCCUCAUUAAUUAUAUUUUUUCCCUUGGAAAACUGAGAACCAAAUGUUUGAACUUUCUUUGACCUGAUUUAAGUUUAGUUUUUGUCCUGAUUUAAGUUUAGUUUUUGUCCUGAUUUAACUUUAGUUUUUGUCCUGAUUUAACUUUAGUUUUUGUCCUGAUUUAACUUUAGAUAGAUUAUUUGUUUUGCUACAAAGUUAUUUUAUUGCACAAUUUAUAUGUCAAAAAGAUCUAGUCAUUUUGUAGAUUUUAAAUGUUUAAUGAGUGUGUUUAAAAUGAAUUGUUAGAUAGGAUGGGUUAACUUGUGAGUGUUAUGAUUGACAUUGUUGUUCUAAUAUUCACGAUACUGAAAUAAACCCGGUAGUAUUUAUUUUCUUUGUGAAAAUGGAUGUAUUUGUCAUUUCUACCAAGAUUAUCGAACACUUGCAACUAAUGUUUUGAACUUGUAUUACAUUAAAAUAUAGAAUAUUGAAUAUUAGAGCUUUUCUGCUUUUUCAAUGGAAUGUACUUGCAAGUAUUGUAUAAAAUAAAAGAAUCAUCAUUUCCAAUCUAAAAGGUGUACAAGUUAAUUCUGUACAACCUGUGUUCAUUUCCAUUGUUGAAUGGUGGAAAAACAAAAAGCACUUGAUCUGUAAUGAUAACACAGUCAAAACCCAUUAAUAAAUAUGCUUUUUUUUAUUUUCUUAAUCAGCAGUUAUAUUCCCAAAAUAGGUUCUUAUAGCUAAUGCUAUGAUAUGAUACCUGAGAUUUGCAGUCCACAGACAAAUUUUUCACCUAGAAGUCUUGUAAUAAAGGUUAUUUGGUCAGUUCACGUAUAGACACAAUGUCAAAUUUUUUAUGCAGGUUGUUAUUAAAAUACCACCAAUUGCUAUUAAUGACCACAUUUGUACAUAAAGGGUAAAAAAUAUUUCAAAUUAUUUAUUGUAAUGUCCUAUUUAAUGUAAUUGUCUCCAGGCGAAAUUUUGCUUCGGUGCUGGUUUGGUAUAUAAGAUGCUGCUUCUUUAAGAAUUACUUAACCUAGAUUGUAUUUCUGUGGUAGACAUACAUACUUGUUAUUACCUCUUUUGAAAAAGGAGAUCUCCCCAGGAUUCUGUAAUGUGGGGGCACUAUGUUAAGAGAUAGAGAAAAUCAUGUUUUGAUUGUUGUACAGUUAUUUUUAAUUCCAUUAAUGAAAAGAGAUCAUAGAUAAAAGAUAUGUAUUGUAAUACAUUUACUGUAUUUAAUUUUUAAUUGCUUAUACUUAAUGUAUUGUAAAAAUAUUUUCUGUCAUUUUUAUAGACAUGAUAUAGUGUAUCAGUUAUAUAUCCUUUUUCUUAUUAAUUUAUACACAAAUAGCCAUAAAGAUAUACUUUUGAAUGCAGCAAUGUAAUCUGAAAAACUGAUGGUUGUGCUUUUAUAUAAAUUUAUAUCUAACUUACUUCCUGCCUACUGGAAGACUAUAUAUAGAUUUUACUGAUCAUUGUGAUAACAAUUUAUGAAAAUUCAUUUGCUGUUCUUGAUUGUCUGAGAAAUGUAAAUAAGACAUGUGAGACAUUAUCUCUUAUUAGAUUAAAAUUAAUCUGUUCUGAUUACUUCACAUAUAAAGGAAUAAAUGACUUGCAUGACCCCAUGAUCAGUGUAACCAUAAGGUCAAUGUGGAUAAAUAUUACCUGAUGGCAGUAUUUGUAAUGGUCUCACUGUAUUUAGAUUUAUGUACAGAAUUCGUCAAGUAUUAAAAUAAUCCUAAUCACCAUUAAUCUAAUACAGACUGUUAAUAAAACUUUCAUAUAAGUAACAUGUGUGUAUUGAUGCACAAUUCAGUUGAAUUUCUAUUUCUGAAAGUAAAAAAUGUCUCUGUUUGUGACAAAAAUGGCAAAUUCUCCUUUUUAUGCCCCACCUAGGGGCAUUGUGUUUUUCGGUCUGAUCGUCCGUUCGUCCGUCCGUCCGUCCGUCUGUCCCACUUCAGGUUAAAGUUUUUGGUCAAGGUAGUUUUUGAUGAAGUUGAAGUCCAAUCAACUUGAAACUUAGUACACAUGUUCCCUAUGAUAUAUUCUUUUUAAUUUUAAUGCCAAAUUAGAGUUUUGACACCAAUUUCACGGUCCACUGAACAUCGAAAAUGAUAGUGCGAGUGGGGCAACCGUGUACUAUGGACACAUUCUUGUUAUAAAUUUAAAAUGAUGAAAAUAAUUGUACCAUACCUUGUGUAAUAACUAAAUCUUAUGGUAGCUAUAUUCAGUACUAUUGAUACACGGAGAACGAAAACUUAACAAUGACAGAAGCAAAAAUUCUGCAUUAGAUUGAUAUAUUACCAUACAUAAGAUGUAUUGACACUACUACUUAAAAUUUGUUUUAACAACACUGUUUUAAAGUAGAUCUAUCCUUGCUGUUCACAAUUCUGAAAAUAGUGGAGUAUUUUUGAUGUAUUAAGUUUAUUAUUCUAUGAUCUAAUUGUGUUGAUUUUAUUUGUCCAUUCCUGUCCAAAAUAAAAUACAUGGAUAGUUUUA